AAAGCUCCAGUAGUUUAGUAAAUUAAAAAUAAAUUCACGGACUGUCAAUUUUGAAAAUAUAUUUUUAGCUUAAGAUAAAUCAUUUUUAUCGUUAAACCACAUAUUAGUUAAAUUUCAGAAACAAAAUUUGCAAAGCAUGUCUUCUUUUAAUUGUAAAAAUACUUGUUUCAUGUGAAAGAGUGUAUGAUUUCUAUGUAUUCGAUUGUUUUCGCCCAUACUUACUGGUUAUAAUAUGUGUAAAAAGUGCAAACAUAAAAUGUUUUUACAUUCUCUCUAUGUGGUAGUUUAUACUCUAAGAAACUGUGAUUUAUAAAAUCAGAAUUUGUCAGAAAAUGUCAAAUUAUAUUACCGGUCCUGGACGAAAGUCCGGACUUGUGAACGGAUAUUCAAAAUGAGAAAUUUAGUUCCUAUAUUGAAAAUACAACAUUGUUUGUGAAUUUUAAGAUUUGGAAUCUUGUACUUCAAAUUAAAUGAGUCACGAACUACUAAUAUUUUUUGAUAGUCAACCCUUGUAAUAACUGUACUCUUCGAUAUUCGACACUAUUCGACAGUCAAUUGUUAUUUACAAUGCUUGCAUAACGUGCUAGUGGCGGGCUGAUGCCGUUUUUAAAUAUGAAUAGUUCGAAACUGAAUUUACUUUUGAACACAGUCAAUACAUAUUUAAGAUUAAACUCGGAUGUAAAACAAACAAUAUUAAAAAAAUACUUCAAAGAAAACUUCACAUUAUUCUGGAACACAACAUCAUCUAACACUCGCUAUUUUCACUCUUCCUUGAAGGCAGCGCAAGUGCAAAAAGAUGGGGUCACAGUAUUACCUUCGCCUCAAGAAAUUGUUAACAAUGGGCACCAUGCGGCACCAUGGGCAAUGAGAGUACAUUUCAAAAUAAUCUUUUGAAGAAUCUACAGUUAGACAGAUAUACACUUUCUUGUUUCACAUCGCUAAUCAGCAAGGUGGUCACAACAAUACUCCGAAAAAACGAAUUCAACAAAGAAUUCACAACUGGCUCCAUUAAGUGCUACGAUUCAAAUCAACUCGCUUCAAACGACCCCAUAGAGGAUACUCGUUGUGAGGCACAAUGUAGGAUGACUUCAGGUUUGAUUAUGGGGGUGUUCGAUGGUCAUGGUGGACCUGCUUGUGCCCAAGUUAUAUCAAAGAGAUUGGUUGAUUACAUAGCAGCCGCACUUCUGCCCAUAGAAACAUUGCACAAGUACAUUCAGCAGGAUCCUCGAGAAGCUUUGGUUGACACUUUUAAUAAUAGAGUUGAAAUUUUACAGGAAUUGAAAAUUUUGUAUGAGCGUAGUUUUAGACAAUACUUAGCAGAGUUAGCUAAUUUACCACAUGAGGGUUAUAACGUACCAACAGCUUUGGAACAAGCCAUCAUAAAAAUUGACCAAGAUUUGUCAAAGGAAGCAGUUGAGCCAUAUAAACUUAAUCAGGUGAUAAAUCCCCAGACAUUAUCUGUAGCACUAUCUGGUGCAGUGGCCUGUGUAACACAUGUGGAUGGGCCUAAUCUGCAUAUUGCGAACGUUGGCGACUGUAAUGCUGUUUUGGGUAUUUUGACUGAAGACAAAGAGUGGAUAGCGAAAAAAAUAACAAAAGAACAUAAUUCCGAGAAUUUCGAUGAGUUGAAAAGAAUUUGGAAUGAGCAUCCUGACAAUGAGAGAAAAACUGUAAUACGCAGAGAUAGAUUACUGGGUGAACUCGCUCCUUUACGUAGUUUGGGAGAUUAUAGAUAUAAAUGGCCUAUAGAGAUUUUAAUGAAAGUGGCAGUACCUUUAAUUGGCCCAAAAGCUAUACCUGCAAAUUACCAUACACCGCCUUAUUUAACGGCAAAACCAGAUUUAUAUUACCAUAGAUUGAGUACAAGGGAUAAAUUUUUAAUUCUGGCUUCGGAUGGAUUAUGGGAUAUGAUGACGCCAUUACAGGCAGUCAAGCUGGUGGGCGAGCAUAUGAAGGGAAAAGUUUUCUUUAACCCUUUGAAAUUGCCCAGAAAGAAUAUUCAGCUGGGUGAUAUAAAUGAAUUACUCCUUCACAGGAAGGAAAGCUUGAAGAGUAAGCCAAAGGAUAGAAAUGCAGCCACACAUUUAAUACGUCAUGCAAUAGGUGGUACAGAAUACGGCGUGGACCACUCCAGAUUGGCACAUUUGUUGAGUUUAUCCCCGGAUGUGAGUCGUAUGUUUCGAGAUGACAUAACCGUUACGGUCAUGUAUUUUGAUUCAGAGUUCUUAAGGCAAUGUCCCGCAUGAGAGGGUUUUAAAUUGUGACAAUAAGAUCGAGUCGUGCCUUCUAUAACGUUAAAUUUUUGUUGCCAAUUUACAUGAUUAGUGAAGUUUUUUUGGUGUUUGAUGUAUUUUAUUCGUGUGAUAUUUUGAUAUGAUUGUUCAAUGAUGGUAGUAAUGCUUAGUCGUGUCGUAGUGUUGUAUUAGUUCAAAUGUGGAUGUUUUUAUGUUUUUAUUUAGUUAAUAUAUUUACUUUGUUAUAUUGUUUUGGAGCCAUUUGAGGCGUUUAUUAAAGGACUCAGUGCUUAUUUCAAGUUGCCAAUGUCUUCUCACAAAUUUAGAAAGAGAAUUGACUAAUAUGUGAUAGAUUAUACCAUGAAGCACAGAGUAUAUCUCAUGAUUAGUCCCUAUUUGAUGUACUAGUACAAUGUAUUAGUUAAUAAUUAUAAUGAUAAUUCUUUUACUGCGAAAAAUACGUAUUUAAACUAUGAAGAAAAUGAAAAAAAGUUUAGUACGUAAUGAAUUAGGUCAUCAACAAUAACGGUUUUAUGAAUAAACAUGGUGCGGCACAGCUAAGGUAGCGGUUACAGUGCUUUUUCUACUCAAACAUAACAGUAAGAGACAAAAUCUGCGUACAUAAUUACACAAAGUUUGUUAAUACGUGCAUUAGCGUCCAUUUCUAUGAACAAAAUUUAAUUGAAACAUUAAAAUGUCAUUUACAGUAGAUUGAGGGGAAUAGGGACUAGAUGUAGAAUAGGGACAAAUUUGGGAUAUCACAAUACUUAUGUGGGGUUGUUAGAGAUUUAACUUUGUUGAACUGAAAAUGACUUUUAUUUAGUGUUUAAGAAUAUUAAAUGGUUUAAUUUAGUCAUCAAAGUUUUGUAACUCAUUAAAGAUAUUAAAAAGUUAAUUACCUAAAGUCUGAAAAACUAUUGUCCCCAUAUGUAACCUGAUUCACCCCAAAGCCAAGGUGAAUCGGGUCAAGCUAGUUUUUUCAAUUUUUGUGUAUAUUUUGUAAUGAACUAUGUACAAUAACGCAUCGUAUAUAAAAAUGUAACCCUCCGGAACCAUUUUAAUCUCAAUAUUAUUAGUAUUACCCUAAGAAAAACCAUUGAAAAUUUGUGUUGGAUUUGGAAAGGGUCCCGAUUCCCCCAAGCUACGGUAACAUAUUAGUAUCUUCAUGUCAAUUAUUAACAUUUAGUAUUGAAUGUGAUACAAAAUCCUGUAGGUUUUGCUGCGUAAAAAAGUUGCUAGUUUUUAAACCACUGAUUACUGUAGAUGAGAAUAGUUACAAUGUAAAAGUUGUAAGAAUAUGUAUUUAGAAGUGCGGUGCGGAUUUUUCAUUAUGUCUUAGUCUUUCAAUUAUAAUUUCAGUUUGCCAUGUUCAUAAUUUAUUGUUUGUUUUUCUUCUCUUAUUGUAUGUAUUUAUACAUUUGAAGCCUUUUGAAGAUUGUUAGCUCAAACAUAAAAGUUUUUAUAUUUUGUUAAAUUACCAUUUUCUGUCCACGCUAGUUUAUUUGUGCUACGAUUUCAUAUUUUGUAAAAUGAAAAAAAAAAAAAAAACUUAACAAAGUGCUUUACGAACUACAAUAAAUUAAUGAUGUUGCUUUUUUAUUAAACAAAUAUGUGGAAUCGCGAAUGAAUACAAAUAUUGAAUUUCAA